AUGCGCAGCACCUUGUGCACCAAAAUUAUAUUGUUCGGAUGGGCUGUCGCCGCUAGCAUACGUGGAACGCUUGCAGCCUCAGCUGGUUCUGAUGUUCCUUCGGCCGCGUCGUUCUACGUCCCAUCACUUCCAGACUUACACCAGGAUUCAUUACAUCCGCUUCGUAUAUACUCAGGACAUCUCUCAUCCGACACGAGCAAGGACGCAUCAUCAAGCACAGAUGUGACGCCGCACCUGUUCUUUGUGCUAGUAAAGAACCGCAGGACAGCAGAUAAGGAACGGGUGAUGUUUUGGUUUAACGGGGGCCCUGGGUGCUCGUCAUUUGACGGUCUGAUGAUGGAGGUGGGCCCAUGGCGCAUGGACGGCAAAGGUGGCUUUAAAGUAGUAGAAGGCGGAUGGGAGGAGUAUACUACUAUGGUCUACAUUGACCAGCCUGCUGGCACGGGCUUCUCCUACACUAGUACCAACAAACUUGUUGAAGGGAUGUCAGAGGCGUCAGCACAACUGUUAGUAUUUUUGGAGAACUUCUACAAAGUAUUCCCCGAAUAUCGAACUAUGGAUACCUAUCUUGGUGGCGAAAGCUUUGCCGGACAGUAUAUCCCAUUCUUUGCUGAUGCUAUUUUAAAGUCUUCACUCGGCACUCGCCUCAUGGGGGUUGCUAUCGGGAAUGGCUGGAUCGAUGGCCGAAGACAAUACCCCGCUUACAUAGACUAUGCAGUCAAGAUGGGAAUUUUGGUAGAAAACUCGGAGGAUUGGAAAUACGCGAAAGCGGAAACCGAUGCAUGUGUUGCAGAAUUUGACAAGUUCACCGAGUUCGAGCCUGGUAACGUACCUCGGUGUGAGCGUUUGGUGCUUGACGUCGCUCGUGGCCGAAACAAAGAAAAAGAUGGUUCACCCAUGUGCAUCAAUAUUUAUGACGUUCGGUACGAUGACACCAAACCUGCCUGUGGGAUGAACUGGCCUCCCGAUAUAAAACCCAUUACGACAUAUCUCGAUCGCCCUGAGGUUGUGAAAGCCCUGCAUGCCGAAGCCCAUUCAGAGGCUUGGGUAGAAUGUCGCGGAGCCAUUCAUUCAGCUUUCAACAGAAGGGAAAACAACUCUUCGAUAACCAUUCUUCCAAGCGUGAUUGAGCGCAUACCGGUUUUGAUAUUUGCGGGAGACCAAGACCUCAUCUGCAACCAUGUUGGCUUGGAAGCAAUGAUACAAGCAAUGACUUGGAACGGCGCCAAAGGCCUCGGAGUCGUGCAAACGCAAUCUUGGAGUGUCGCAGGUACUCCAGCAGGAACAUGGGUGUCUUCGAGGAACCUCACUUACGCUAAGAUUUUUAAUGCAUCACACAUGGCGCCAUUUGAUGUGCCGCAUGUUACACACGACAUGAUCCUCCGCUUUAUGGGCGUGAACUUCUCGGCGAUUAUGGACGGGUCUGCAAGGAUACCAAGCAGCGUUGGGACAAUUAUGAAACCUAUCUUCAUUGAAGAUAGUGAAGCGUCCAAGACCCCCGCUCCUGUGCCAGGAAAGACUCCUGAACAGGACAAGGCCAUGUGGGAAGCGUAUUACAAUGCGGGUUCCGCAGCCCUUGUUUUGGUUCUCAUCUUUUUGGCUCUCGGCACUUUCCUAUGGUGCCGUAUACGGCGACGCCGUGUCCAACUGCCCGUUUCUCAUCAAGAUGAAGAAAGUAUACCCUUGAAUUCUUCGAUCGCGAUGAAUGGACGGCAAGACGGAGAUGAAGAUGAUUCCGCUUCCUUCAAAUCCAGGAAGGGCAAGGAGCGCGCAGUAGAGCCACCCGAGCCACCGAUAUUCGAGUUGGGUGAAAGUGAUGAUGAAGAUAUGAAAUCUCCGUCACGGAAGCAAUCCUAG